ACACGAUGCUCUUCUCACGCAUCCGCUGCCACUUCUGUGGCUCGAAGCAGCCGCAUAGCAGGGAUGUCGUCGAGUUCCAGUGCUCUCAUUGCGAGGCCAUGAACUUCCUCGACGGCAAGGGGAACAUCGUCGACACACCGCAGCGGGCAGCAUCGCCAUCCGCGCCCACGACAGACGCCAACCGAUCGUUCUUGUCCUUCACGAAGCCCCUUGCCGAGACUCUCGAGCACCAGCAGAAGCAGGCCUUUUGCCGGACUUGCACCCAGAACCAGCACUUGUACAAUCGAAUCUUGGCCGAGUACCUUCCAGAAGAUCUGGAAGAGAACAGUCGGGAAUACCGCAUGAAGAUGCGCGCGUUGCCGAAAUACAAGCUGGAGCUGGAGCAGAAAUACCCGCAGGUCUGCAAAAUGUGUGCCGCGAAUGCUCAGAGCGUCAUCAAUCGCGCCGACUACUAUGCCAUGUCGCAGAAUGCUGCGAAACUGGUGCAGGACACGCGAAGAAGGGGUGGUCACGCUGCGAGCCGGACUCGAGACAGCACCGAUAAGAAGGUCAUGCGCAAUUUGCUACGGCUGCUUGGAGCGGUGGUCCUCACUGCGUACAUGGUCCAGAUUGCCUUCCAUGUGUAUGGGAUACUGCACAUACUGCUUGGCGAGCCAGUCAAUGAGGCGGAGUCUAUUCUGGGUCCAAACCUGCGCCAAUGUGCUCAGCAGACCCUUCGCUUGAAGUUCAAUCUCCCCUGCUACAGUCUCUUCAGUUCGCUGAUACCCAUUACAAUCUCGGUCAGCACAGUCCUCAUUUGGUUUAAUCCGGGAUUGAAAGCCUGGUAUCAUCACACGCACCGAAUCGAGGCUGUGACUGGCCAACAGAUGUACUUCUACAUGCAGCUUAUCAUCUUGGCUGUCAGAGGCUGGUCGUGGUACAUUCUUGCGACUCCCGUUUCGACAGCCACAUUCGACAAAGAACAUGCCAUUGCUGUGCAUGGCUUUACCAUCCUGUUUAUGCUCAUCACACAAGCUAUGGCGAACAGGAACAUUCAGGCUGUGCCAUGGACGAUGAAAGGAAAGAUCAUGCCCAAGCCCAGCGAGCACGACAUUCUCGGGGUAUCUGCAGGCCCGGCGUCGGAGCACUACACGCCCAAACCGUCGUCCAAGGAUCCGUGGAGAUAUCUUCGAAGGGAGGAAAACGAACCUUUGGAUAUCAACGGCUUGGCACCUCAAGUCAAACAGCCUGUGCUGAGAUCAACGACAAAUUACCUCACGAAGCAGCCAUCACCUGAAUUCUCAGACUAUGGCGAUGACGAUGCGAUGGAAAUCGACGAUAAGCCAGUCAUGCGCUCAUCACAACGAUUGCUCGAUAGCAGACCCAACUUGCAGCCACGACAUACAUAUAUGAAUCACACCAAUGCGGCACCUCUUGGGUUCGGCGACGUUCGGAACCAACUCUCGGGCAUCUCUUCACACAUGCAACGAGAGGAGGAACGACAACGUCAAGAACAAGCGCAAAAGCUUCAUUACCAGCCAGCACAAAGACAAAGUCCCUUCUACGGCAAUCUACCCCCAGCACCCAUGAGCAUGGAACGCAGGUUACGGAAUCCAGUCUUCAGACCUGCGGUUCCAGAACAAAUACCAUUGAGUCAACAGAAGGACUUCAUGGCACAGAUGAGACGAGGUGUGAAACCUGUGACUUUUCCCGAAAAGGGAUCAAACUUUCAGCUGAAGCAAAGUAGUUGGGUCUUGCCGGGUGAUGUCAAAGAGGUAGGAAUAGAAGAUCGCUUCACUCGGUCUUUCUCGUUGGACGAUCAGAGUCCUAGUACGGCGAAGAAGGGUCUCUUUAGCGGCUUAUUUGGGUAGACAGCUCUGGGAUCGGGGAAACACUGUACAGCAUUUUAAAAAAUUGGCGCUCUAUGAUUGGG